AUGGGAUAUGUCCUUUUGAAGCCUUUUGAAAUUCCGGAAUGUCCAAUUUGUGGUGCUUGUGCUUACAAGAAGCAUCAUCCACAUAAAGCCAUUCCGUUACUAGAGAAAAAGGCUAAUCAAAUGUCGAUGGAACUUCAACAAGAGUCAAGAAAUGUCAUCAACACUUACAAGGAUUUGGUUCCUAAAUUGCACAAGGGACUUCUCGAAGGCAUCAACGUCUUUGAAACGAAAUUACUUUCGAAAGAAGAAAUUCUCAACGACGCAGCAACUUUUGCCGAUUUACAGGAGAAACACGAGUCAUUUACAAAAAUAAAGUCCACGUUCGAAUCAUAUGCUGAGGAUUACUUACCUUGUUUACGCAAAUUCGACACUGGAGUUAACCAAUUGAUUCAAACUCUCAACGAGAUCCGUGAUGCC